AGUAAUGGCGUCUGGAAUUUUGUUGAUAACCCUGAUCAAUACGCAAUUGACAAGUGUGAACGUGUCAGUCUUUUAUUCUUAUGAUCACCUUGGAGAGUUUAUACACAAAGUCUGUCUGGCGGUCUGAAAGAUAACGUACGUCAUAGCUAACGUCAUUUUCAGUAUCAACACAUAUCCAAUUGUACAAAGAGUUAUCCCGUUGACCGUGGAUUCGUUUGAACCUAAGAACAUUGUCUUUACUUUAAGAGAGUCUUAUAAUCACAUAUAAUUGUUAAACCUUGUUAAAUCAACUCUUAUACAUAUCACUCUAAAUACAAACCUCUUUGAACAACUACAAUGGCUUGUCCUAACGAAGAUACACAACGCACCCCAAGAACCAGCGCCAACCCGACAAACCCGACAAACCCGACAUAUAAAUGUAACAUCUAUAAUAUAUACAUACAUAUGUAGAAAGCGUGGCGCUGUUUGGAGCAGAGGUAUGGAACAUGGAAGAAAGACUGGAUAGAAUACAAAGAAAAUAUGUGAAAUGCAUCUUAGGUUUAGAUAUAACAACACCAAAUUAUAUAUUGAUAGAAAAAUGCAAGCUAACAGAAAUCAAAGAGAACACAUUAAAAAGAGCAGCAAGGUAUGAAGGGAAAGCCUUAGAAUCGAAGAAGGAACUAGUAAAGGAGUGCAUAAAGGAAAAAGAGAGAAACUGGGGAAAUGACCAAGAAGAGAAAAGAGCAAGAAAGAGAAAGAAGGGGCUAGAAGAGGUGAAAGAUGGAGGGACACAGAUGGAAACAAGAGAAGAACAAGAAAGGAUGACAGCAGACCAAAUUAUAGAGGAAAGAAGAAAGAGGGAAGCAGAAGAGAGGUGGAAAAGGAUAAGGGAAUCCAAACAUAACAUACAUUACAGAAAAAUCAUCAAAGAAGAGUUACCAAAGUAUUUAGAAGGAAGGAUGAACAGAACUAAAAGCAAUAAUAAAGAAAAGAAGGGCAAUACAAGACGGGGAGGAACGACAAGAAGGAAGCAUAGCAAGGAGACAAAGGCCCAAAAGUUGCUAUAGUUUUUAGUCAUUAGUUCUUAGUUUUUAGAGAUAGAAUAAUUAAGAGAGUGCAAUAUAAUAGAGUGGAUAAGAGGGGAGGUAGAUAUAUAAGAAGCGAAAUAGGUAUAAGAAAUGUAAAACCGAAAGUUCGCCCAAAGCCAUAA